UUUCUCAACGGACUUUUUUUUUUUUUUUACUUUCACUUAAUCACCAAAAAUAACAAAAAUGCAAACCAGUUUCUCUGUUAACGAGGGGACUAAUAAUUGUUUCAAUACCCUUUCAUCUACUGAAAAACCUUACGACCCUGAUACUCCUACCUUUACACUUAAAAAUGCUAAACAGCCCGAGGAAAUUUGGAAUAACACGGAUUAUCUAUCUCCUAUGGAUAGAACUGAACGAAAUAAACUGUUAGAAAAUAAAAAAUCUGAUUCUAAAAUCCCACGUCCCCUCAAUUCCUAUUUUAUAUAUAAUAACUAUGCACGUAGGAAACAAAAAUACAAGAAUAUGGUGGCCGAAAAAAGGCCGAAAUCAGAAAUAAAUGAAUUAAUCGGAGAAGAUUGGAAAAAAGAGCCAGAGGAAGUCAAAGAUAUUUUUAAAUGUGGUGCAGAAGUGGCAAAGAAAGAGCAUGCAAAAAAACACAAGGAUUAUAAAUAUAAAAAGAGAAAUCAAAAAAAAGGAAAUAAAAAAAAAUACGUUGAAAAAAAUAGGUCGACGGCUUCUUUUUCAAUGCUCACCACAUCUCUUCCUUCGUCAAAACAACGCAACAAUAACAACAAUUCACAAAUAUUAUUUCCUACUAUGGAAGAAUCUGAUGCUAGCAUUCCUGAUAUGGAAGAAUCAUACCAAUCUGAUGCUAGCAUUCCAUUUGAUCCUGAUAUUCCUGAACAAUUAUCCAACUCCGUUAACGAUUCACAAGAAUUAGCAGAUUUGCUUCAAUUCGAGAAUAUUGAAUCAAACUCCCCUAUUAUAGAAGAAUUGCAAUUCGAUGAAACCAUUAUAAUUAGCCCUGAUAGUCCUCAAUCUUCCGAUUCAUUUUUUUCGCCAACAACUUUCCCACCAAUUUCUACUGAAUCUCACUUUACUACGCCUGUUGAUACCUUUUCGCAAUAUCAUCCUUAUACUAGCUUGGAAUUUAUGGGAAAUCAGCCAUCGAAUUAUCUUUCUACUCAAGCUAUAUCCAACAUACUUUGCUUUGGUCCACCGGGGUACCCUACUUGUGGUCAAGAUGCAUCUAUUCUCUCCAAUAUGGGGUAUUAUCUCAACAUUCAACCGGAAUCCUCCACUUAUGGUUUUUCAGUAUAUCCCAAUUCGUCUGUUUCCCCAACCCCAACUACCACAGUAUUAAAUAAUCCUUAUAUCCGGCCCGAGUUUAAUGAACUUUAUGGGUCAAUCGGAUUCAAUAAUUCGCCAGGAUUGGUAAUAGACAAUCCACAACGGAAUCAAGUAAUGAAAUUAACUUGCAAUCAAAUAGCAGAAUUAAUUUGUAAUCAAAUAGCAAAAUUAACUUGUAAUCAAAUAACAGAAUUAACUUGUAAUCAAAUAGCAAAAUUAACUUGUAACCAAAUAACAGAAUUAACUUGUAAUCAAAUAGUAGAAUUAACUUGUAAUCAAAUAGCAGAAUUAACUUGUAAUCAAAUAGCAGAAUUAACUUGUAAUCAAAUAGCAGAAUUAACUUGUAGUCAAAUAGCGAAAUUGACUAUAAUAAUAAAUUUUUUAUCUUGA